ACUAACAUCCUGUUCUUUGAUAUUGAAUCGCCGGAAUAUUGGGAAGCUAAAUUAAGGUUUCCGUUGUCUCCUUGGAUUGGUGAAUCCGACACGGCUUCAGUCGUUGUUGAUCCCACAGGCGUGGUUUUGAAGUGGUUUGCUGACGAUUAUUUUGUUCGGUAUGGACCAGAGGCUUAUCCUUUCACUGACAAAAGGAUAGGCUUCGUUAAAUCUCGAGACAAGGAGGCCCUAAAGCAUCCGUCCAUUACGAAUCUCCUGACAUCUCCUCAACGUGAUUAUGUCAUCAACAAUAAGAAUCCGGAGAUACCUGUUCAUACUCUUCAAGACAAGGUUGUAGCCUUGUACUUCUGUCAAGAGUAUCCACUUGACCCGCUUACAAAAGGAUUGAAGAUGACCUAUAAACAGUUGGCGGAUAAAAAGUUUGAAAUCAUGCUUGUUUAUAUUCAUAACUCUUUUAUUACGUCUGCACGUGCAAGUGAAGAAUCAUUCUGGAAAAGUUUCAACAAAAUGCCAUGGUUGGCGCUCCCAUUCAAAGAUCAAAAGUGUAUAGAUUUGCAGCGGGUUUUCAAUCUACCUCUGGAUGCCUUGGGGCCGGGGCCAGAUCCUAGUCUUGUAAUUAUUGGACCACAAGGAAAAUUUGUUGAACCAUAUGGUGUUGACAUCGCGCAGAACUUUAGUAUAUCAGCAUAUCCUUUCAGCCGCAAAAGAGUUGCUGAGUUAGAGGUUAAUUAUAUAAAGGAACUGAAGCUGGAUAUGUUCUGGGAUCGAAACACUUCUUUCAUACAAAAAGAUGGGACUGAAAUUAAGUUAUCGCAGCUCGUGGGAAAGAGAAUCAUGCUUGUUGCCCAGAAUGAUUGGUAUUAUGGAAUUAAUGCAAAGUUUUGGCGGAUGCUAGAAGCAAGGUAUUCCAAAAUGAAGGGCACGUCUAAAGAGUUUGAAGUGAUCCACAUCCGUAAAAAACAGGUAUCUUCUAAUGGUAAGCAUCGUGCCACAAUGCCGUGGUUGUGGCACCCCCCUCUACUUGAGGGAUCAUGUCAACUUGAGCUGUUACUUCGUCUUUUAAGACAAGGCGUUGGACUUCUUGCUUUCGACGGUGAUGGAAGGGUUGUGAGGAGAACAAAAUUUCCCAGGAUUGAAAUGAAUAACGUGGAUUUUCCCUUUUAUGCUGGCGGUUUGGAAAAAGAGGCAGUGACAGAAUUAAUAGAAAGGUUUGAAUGGUACGAUCAGUAGACCCUGAACCAUCUUUUAGCACCACCCUGGGUGGUAUUGAAUUUGGUGGUUGCUGGUUUUACAUUCCUUGAGCCUUUUUUCUAGUUAGAUUCUCUUUAGUGAAGAAAGGGCCCAUUUGAUUCCCUCCAUGAAUUAGCUGAACGAACUUAUAAACAUCUGUCAGUGAAGCCGCCUAAUUCAUGUCGACAGUGGAACCGCAUCAGCUUUGCAGAGGGGGCAACUAUUACGCUGUUUCAACCAUUUCUUUACACAUUCCACGUGAUACUCAUGCCGACACUGAAGACCUCCAAUCAAUUCAUCUUUUUCAUACUCAUCCUGGCAAAUAACACAUAUGUCAGGUUCUUCAUCCAUUUUUUUACUCGUAACAUCAUGACUUCUUAUUUUCAGAUGUCUCAUAAUGGUUUCCUCUGACAAUCCGCCACCGACUCGCCCCACCGCCACCAGUUCUAACAGCUCAAGAAAUUCCUGCAUUACAUGGUCACAAUCGUUAAUAUCGCGAUGACUUAGUAAGUCAUUAACGCUAUAAACUACAACCUUAGAAAACAAUUUAACUUUGUAUAUGAAUCAAUAAAUAAGUACCUCGUAAGUAGUUUGACUAUAUUCCUCGAGACGAAAUACCCGUAAAGGGACACGAAUGAUAAGUAAUACACGAGUCGAAGUAUCAAAAACAAGAUCGAACCUGACGGAAGACAUUAUAGUAUAAUGGAAGUUGUGUGGUUGUACUUUAUAAAAUAAAGUUGUCGAUGUAUGUGAUUUAGCAUGAUGAUUACAGAGGUCUUUUUAUAGGUCAGUCACUUGGGAAAUUUUCUUAUUUCCAACUGGACUUUGAAUUUAAAAUGUAUG